UCCUCAUUAUUAUCUCUCUACCCUUUCUCUCUCGCGCUCUAUGCCAUCAUCGUAGAGCGAGAAAAAGAAAAAACAACAGAAAGAGAGGAAGGGGAAAGAUAAAUAAUAAAAUUUAAAGCCUAAUGACAGUCCCCAAUUUCUGAUCAUCACCAUUUCUUUUCCAGUUGUAUCACUAUUUCUUUUCCUUACAACAUCCAUCGCUGGUUUUUUAAUUCAAAAGCUAAUCAAAAUUGGCCAGAGUCAAAAUACGACGCUUUCCCCAUUGACUUUUUCUUCGUUCAUCUAUUAUCGAGAGGGUUAGGUUUAGGGUUUCUCCAAAUUUGAAUAUUUUACUCCUCCUUCAUCUUUUUUUUUUUUUUUUCUUCUCAAGUCCUCAACGGAGUUUCGCCUUCGAAGGUUGUUGUUGUUGUUGAUGAUGAUGAUGAUGAUGAUGAUUAUAUGAUGGUUAUGGUUAGGGUUAGAGGUUCAUCUGCUGCACAAAUGGAAGCGUCCGGAGACGCAUAUAGAGGUUCUUCGUCUUCAUCUUCAUCUUCGAGUAGCAGUAGCAGUAGUAGUAACAAUAAUAAUAAUUUGAGGCGUUAUGGAAUGUUAUCUGCUUCAAGUAUAAUCCAAGCACCGAUUUCUGCUUUAUUAGAAUAUUCGGGUCUCUUGAGAACAACCUCUUCUACCUUGAGCUCUAGGUCAACUCAUCAUCAAGAGACAGACCCUUUGGUUAAUGAUUCUACUGCUGCGUCAGCACUAGUGAAUAGUGGGGAGGUUUCAAUUAGGAUAAUUGGUGCAGGGGAACAUGAAAGUGAUCAUGACAGGGAUGGUGGAUUGGUGAUUGGUCAAAAUGAGGUGGUGUCUGUGCAGCAGCAGCCAAUUGCUGGCCUGGCCUCGGAUGGAGAAAGUAGAAAUGAUCACAGCAAUGGUGGUAGGGGGACAGGUGAAGGUGGUGGUGCUACUCAGCAGGCUUCUAAUGUCAGUGGAGAUGGGGAAGCUGCUGCUGAUGGUAGUGGGGGUAAUGGAAGGGAUUCGUCUUAUCAAAGAUAUGAUAUUCAACAAGCUGCUAGAUGGAUUGAGCAAGUCCUUCCCUUUUCUUUGCUUCUACUGGUUGUUUUCAUUCGCCAGCAUUUGCAAGGAAUUACAGGUUUCUUUGUUACAAUUUGGAUUGCUGUUGUUAUGUUCAAGUCAAAUGAUAUUCUGCGGAAGCAAACAGCUCUAAAGGGAGAGAGGAAAAUCUCCAUCUUGAUUGGCAUCUCUCUUGCAUUCACGCUUCAUGUGGUUGGUGUCUACUGGUGGUAUCAGAAUGAUGAUCUUUUGAACCCUUUAAUCAUGCUUCCUCCAAAGUCUAUACCACCCUUUUGGCAAGCUAUUUUUAUCAUCAUGGUUAAUGAUACCUUGGUCCGACAGGCGGCAAUGGUCUUAAAAUGUAUUCUCUUAAUGUAUUACAAGAACAGUAGAGGCAGGAACUACCGUAAGCAGGGUCAGAUGCUAACUUUGGUUGAAUAUCUGAUGCUGUUAUAUCGUGCCUUAUUGCCUACACCAGUUUGGUAUCGUUUCUUUUUGAAUAAAGAAUACGGGAGCCUCUUUUCAUCACUAAUGACAGGACUGUACUUGACUUUCAAGCUGACUUCGGUGGUCGAAAAGGUGCAAUCCUUCUUUUCUGCCUUGAAGGCAUUAUCACGCAAAGAGGUACAUUAUGGGGCUUAUGCAACAACUGAGCAGGUCAAUGCAGCGGGGGAUCUUUGUGCAAUUUGCCAGGAGAAGAUGCAUGCCCCCAUUCUACUACGUUGUAAGCACAUAUUUUGUGAAGAUUGUGUAUCAGAAUGGUUUGAGAGGGAAAGGACAUGUCCCUUGUGCAGGGCUUUGGUGAAACCUGCAGAUCUCAGAUCAUUUGGUGAUGGGUCAACUACUUUAUUCUUUCAGAUAUUCUGAAUUAUUCUACUGUAAAGAUGGGAGUUUUUCUGCGAGCUCCAACCACUUACCCAAAGCUUGCCUUUUCUUGGUCUACGCAGUAUAUUUGACUCUUUUCUGGCUCUGCUUUGUUCAUAAAUUAUCCAAGGAAAUUGAGCUGAUUCAAGUAGAUUGGAACUGGAUUAGAUAUUUUCCUUUGUUGUAUGGAGAAAGAAAGGUUGAGUAUAUGUUAUGGCCCUUAAAAACGGCUCCUCCAAGGACUAACAAUAUAUGUCACUGUUCAUUUACCAUAAAUGAAAGGCUUUUUACCACCUGUUUAAA